AUGUCCUUCCUCCCUCGAACCCCCCGCAUCCUCCAUACUCUCCCACGCUCACAAUGCCAACGCCUCACCCCAAUACGCACGCAUCUCCGCACUCUAACCCACAAACCCGCAACGCCAACCCCGCACCUCGACGCCAUCACCCUGCACCGCCUCGAGGCCACCCAGCGCGCGCACCAAAAACGGCGCACCAUCUAUUUAGCCACCGGCUUCCUCACCGGCAUGAUCUGCAUCUGGGUAACCGCAACCUCAAUCGACCUCAAACCCGCUAAACUCGACAGUACCCGCGCCCACGACACCCUCCACAGCAGCACAGAAGUAAUCAUCCAAAAACCACAUGAAUCCACACCACCGACCCCCUCAGAACCACACGAACUCAUUCCCACAGGGACAAGCACCAUUCCCACCUUCCCAAAAUACAUCCAACACUCCUCCUCCCCAGACACCCCUCCAGAAACCUACCAGCUCCUCGGUCUCGGAAUCCGCACCGUCUCCUUCCUCAACAUUCAAGUCUACGUCAUAGGACUCUACAUCCAGCAAUCCUCCAUCCCCCUCCUCCAAUCCCGCCUAAUAGAAAAAGCCAGUCCACCAAACAGCGGAGCAUCCACCCUCGUCGCCGGGGAAAAAGACUUCUUAAAAAAGCAGCUCCUGCACGAAACCGACAGCGAAGAAAUCUGGACCAAUAUCCUGCAAACCGCUGGUCUGAAAACAAUAAUCCGCAUCGUACCUACGCGCAAUACAGAUUUCCACCAUCUAAGAGACGCAUGGGUACGCAGUCUAACAGCGCGUGCACAGAGAAAUAGAGAUGAAUUCGGAGAUGAGUUGUUUGGGCGGAGUAUUGCGGAGUUUAAGGCGUUGUUUAAUAGGGGGAGUGUACCGAAGGGGAGGGAGUUAUUGCUAAAUAGGGAUGUGGAGGGUCGUUUGAGUGUGUGGUGUGAGGAGGGGGAGAGGGGGAUUAGGAGGCUUGGGGAGGUGCGUGAUGAGAGGGUUAGUAGGGGGAUUUGGUUGGGGUAUUUGGCGGGGAAGAAUGUUAGUAGUGAGGAGGCGAGGAGGAAUAUUAUCGAGGGGGUUAUGGGGUUUGUAGAGAGACCGGUUGGGACAGUGGAGGGUCAGGUUCAUGUUUGA